CACUCAACAUCCAUCGCAUCCUCAACCCGUUAAAUAUUCUUAAUCCUAAUUAACAUCCGACAACCAACCCGGUCCAUCCUCAUUAAUCAACCAUGGUCUCAUUCACCACGCUCCUCACCCUCGCCGCUGGUGCUCUGGCUACACCCGUCACUCCCGCGUUGACCACCCGUGAUAUCGAAAUCCCCGCCAACUGGACCUGGCACGUUAGCGGCUGGGAAGCCGGUUGCCAACGCCGCGGCUGCUACUACAACUUCAACGUCACAAUCCCUAGUGUGCGCGCUGCCAUUGGCGGCGGCAAGUACUACUGCAACGGAUACGAGAACGGAUGGUACCGCCAGGGCAACUGGUUCGAAGAAUGCAAGCUUCUGGAGCGUGCUCCCGGCGAGUUUCUGUCCGAGGCGGAUAAUACCGUUGCGGCCAAGUUGAGUGAGCAGGUUGGCGAUGAUCCGACACCGAAUGAGAUUAUUGUCAGCUUUCUGUGGAAUGGGUAUACGCCCACUGGACGCCCCUCGUACAACUUCUCCGGUUCUGCUCCAACUGUGUACAACCAGUUUGUUAGCCCUACUCUGGAGUUCGACAUUACUCCUUCCAGCGUUUUCGCUGUCGCGUAAGCGAAAGAAGAGAGUAGUAUGUCUGAGUAGAAGGGUAAAUAAUGAGCUGGACAUGUGGAAACGAAUAAAAUAAGAUUGAUUUUUAUGUUCAGUAUCACUUAUUACUAGAACUGAUUGGAUUCAUUUAGCGUGUAGCGUAUCUGAUCAUCUUUUUCACAAAAAAAAGAAUAGAAUACCUUAGUGUUUACAACUCCAAGUAUAAGUAUAAUGUUGACAAAUGAAAGAAGCGGAUUCAGUACGAACAUGGAGGAUAUUUGUAUGUUAUGACAUGGAUUUGAGUCUUAAGCAAUAGUCCAAGUAAAUCUCAUGGCAAGAAAGCU